AUAGGUCCUGCACGCAAAGCAGAAAAGCGCUGAAACUGCGGAGAUUUAGUUUGGCUCAGUGGCCCGCCGCCGACUACGAGAGAGGAGGUGUGUCUUUGACAAGCAAAAGGACUAGCCUACAACUUAGACAUUAUUUUGUGAUUACUAGUGUUAGUCCUGUUUCUUUGACUUCACUUUCACUUCGGCUGAUGCUCAGAUGAAGCCCACCUCCUCAGUAGCCUGACGCAUUAGGGUUAUCCAUCCACGCGCACCAGGACGCACGGCGCAUCUUCUCUGACAAAGACCGGAGUUGGACAGAGUAUCAGUUUGGAGUGCUACAAAUGGAUGGAAUAUCUCAAACUUUCCCAGAAUCAUGUUCUCAGUAACUAAUCAUUCCUUUCAUCAUUUUUAACCCACACAAAUGAUUGAUUCUGCUCUGAUCCUGCGCGCAACGGAUGAACAUCGAGUUUUUUGCUGUGGUUGUUUGUAUUUUGGUUUGGAGGGGGAUGCUCUUUAUCACAGCACGGAUACCGGAUCCUUGACUCUGUCUGGCUUUCUUGGCACAUAUGAAGACACUAUCCAGGAUGAUACAGUCUAAGCGGCCCAGGCAUUAUUGGGCCUAUGUGCACUGUCACCAUCACAUAUCACCACAUUGCUGGGGGUCCUGCUGUGUGUAGGAAUUAUCCACUUUUUAACUUCUGCCUCCGUCUGGAGAAAGAAUACGGAAUCUUACCCAAAAAGUGUUUUGGUGAACAUUGACAUUGGCUUUACGAGUCUCAUCUCUGUGGGCUACUAUGCAAUUACAACUGAUCUCCUUUGUUUUGAUCAUCUUGCACUGCAUGGAUUACACUGGUUGUCAGCAGCACAGCAGCUCCAGGCACCGGCAACAUAAACCAAUUUCUAGUGUGAGCUCAGGGUGCCAGCAAGGUGGCUGUCUGACCUGCUCUGACUACAAUGGCUGCCUGUCCUGCAAACCACGCUUCUUCAUGCAUUUGGAGAGGAUUGGGAUGAAGCAGAUCGGAGUGUGCAUGACGUCUUGUCCUCCAGGCUUUUACGGUACUCGCUCCCCAGAAAGAAACACCUGCACAAAGUGCAGGUCGGAGUGCGACUCCUGCUUUAACAAGAACUUCUGCACGCGCUGCCGAGCAGGAUUCUACCUUCACCUGGGAAAGUGCCAGGAGAACUGCCCUGAGGGGUUGGUCCGCAGCGACACUCAGAGGGAGUGUGUUUCCAAGUGCCCUGCAGAGUGUGAGUUGUGUGUGAACAGUGAGAUGUGUACACGCUGCCGGCCGGGCCUGUACCAGCACAACGGGAGGUGCCACCAUGUCUGUCCAGAGGACUACGAACCCAAUGACAAACUCAUGGAGUGUACCCCACAAGUGCACUGUGAGGUGGGGGAGUGGAGUGAGUGGAGCCCCUGUUCUCGAUCUGGUAGGACCUGUGGCUUCAAGCGGGGCCAGGAGACCCGAACACGGCUGGUCCUUCAAUACCCGUCGCCUUUUGGCCAACCCUGCCCUGAGAUCUCUGAAAUCAAAGAGUGUCUGGUCAAGAGGAGAAAAUGUCCAGCUGGACGGAGGAAGAAUGAGCGAAAAGACAGAAGGAAUCGUAACAACCGGAAAGAUAAGGAGAACCAAGAGGGGCGACGAGAGAGGAAGAGAGAAAGAGAACGAGAAAGGGAAAGAGACACAGGUGAACGUGAAAACUCUGAUAACAGGAAUAAAACAGAGCACAGGCAUCGCAGAGGCCACGACACAGAUCCGGUCUCCCCUGAAGAAGGCCUUGUCCAGUAGUGCUCUGCAGGGGACACAAAGUCUAAAGCCUCCCCAUCAUCCUCCUGUUAUCCUCCCAUUCUUCUUCCUCCAAAACUAUCCCCAUCCUCACCCACUGUCUGCCCACCCCCAACCCCUCUCUGCAGGGGUGUUGCUGCUACCUGUAUGAUUUGAAAAUACUGUUUAUGCACAGGCAGGAUGGGGCACAUUCAGCCACAAGGCUCGGGCCACUAUGAGGUGAAAAGCUUGUUUUCUACCCUGUAGCCUCUACUUUUUCACUUCACCAAGAGGGUGUCUCUGCUAAGCGAAACAAAAAGAAAGAGACACUACUGAGACUGCUGUCGGGACUGAAGAAAAAGUA